AGAGCGUUCGGUGAUUUCUGUCUCAAGGACUUUGGUUUAAUCUCCAUACCGGACGUAUAUCACCACCACAUCACAGAGAGAGACGAGUUUGUGAUCCUUGCAACUGAUGGGGUGUGGGAUGUUCUUUCCAAUAAGGAAGCCGUGGACAUCGUUGCCUCAGCUCCCGGGCGUGGAACAGCUGCCAGAGCCCUCGUGGACUGUGCCACCAGAGCGUGGAGGCUCAAGUAUCCAACAUCAAAGAACGACGACUGUGCUGCCGUAUGUUUGUUCCUGGAACACAUGCCUCCAACAAACGAGCUCAAACCCCAAAACGACGCGUCAUCUCUCGCUGAAAAGGAAAGCAAGGCUCCAGUAGAAGAAGAAGAAACAUCCAAGGCUCCCUCCGAACAGGACCUCGAUAGUCCUGCGAGAAAAGAGUCGAGCGAGAUAGUCCCCAUGGUGGAGGAAGUGGAGGAGAAGCGAACCGACAAGGGUGUUGGGCAGUCGAGGAGGAGCCUGGCCGAGUGCCUCUCGACUGCAGAGGACGAAGAAUGGUCAGCGCUCGAAGGCAUAACCCGAGUUAAUAGCCUUCUUAGUCUGCCCAGGUUCUUGCCCUUUGAUAGAAGAAGCACGAGUUGGAGAAAAUGGUUAUGACCAA